AUGGACAAAAUGCAAAAAUCAGCUUUUCAAACCUCUUCAAAAGUUCUUCUCAAAGAGCUCAAGGGCUUGAUUACUAAUCCCCUCGAAGGCUUCCAUAUGAUCAAAUACGACGAGAAAUUCCUGUACGAAUGGGAAAUUGGGGUAUUCGGUCCUCCAAAAACACUUUACGAAGGAGGCUAUUUUCCAGUGAAGAUUCGAUUCCCGAAAGACUACCCGUACAAACCCCCUAUUGUACGAUUCACUACCCCAAUGUUUCAUCCAAAUGUCUACGCCGACGGAGCCGUCUGUAUCUCUAUCCUCCAUAGUCCUGUCAACGAUCCGAUGAGCGGAGAACUGGCUUCUGAGCGCUGGAGUCCUUCUCAGUCGGUACGCUCAGUUCUUUUAUCAAUAGUCUCUCUCUUGAACGAGCCGAAUACUUCGAGUCCGGCCAAUGUCGAUGCUUCCGUUCUUUACGGACGGUACAAGCGCUGCACUGAGAAGAAAAAAGCCGCCCACAAAUAUGCGGUUAUCAUUAAGCAACAAGUGGAAGAAUCGCGGAAGCUUGCGAUCGAAAAGGGAAUCGAGCCUCCAGUGACAAUAGACGACUACGUUUCGCAGCGACGAAGCUCGAGCAGUAGUUCAUGGAAUCAGUCAAUGCAGAGCUCUGUUGAUGAAGAUGAUGAACCUUUCUACAAUGACGAUGAUAGCGAAGCCGACAUCUCCAUCCCCCUUGAUACAUCCAUGAACUGA